GGGAGGGUACAAGGGGGUGGGGGGCACCCGGAGCCCGCGCUCCGGAAGUGAAGCGGCCACUCCACCCGCUAAUGGAUGCGCAGCGGCCGCCCAGCAGACAGCUCUCGGCGCCAGGGAUAGCUUGAUUUGGCUGAAGUUAAACGCAUACACACUAUUGUAUAGUGGUGGGAGACAUCUUCCUGAGCUGGAAGCUGAAUACAUGGCCCCUUGGUUCUUUGGGAACAUUCCGGAACACAUAAACAGGACUCCUUGCCAUUUUGCUGUGUGACUCCCCAGAGCUUCGGGUGCUAGAGUGGACGCUGCCUCCCCACUGACUAGAAAGAGGUGACAGGAAGCAGAUGAUGGGAAAAGCAGUUGUUCCGGGUGCCUCACAGUGACAAGAGUCAGCACCACCCGGCUGCCUACGGCUCUCAGAAACAGCAUCGAACCCACUGCAGAGCCACAGGGCUGAUAACUGCAGCCCACCCCAUCUACCCUGUAGUAUCCAUCAACUUUGCCGUGUGUCUGAAGACACACCAGAAGUGUCUGGUUCUUGAUACUAAGUAAAAGGACAAAGCCAUCCACAAAGCUUUGAGCUGCUUGGCGUGAGCCAGGCCAGGACUAAGUGCAAAGGCAUAUCCUGGGACAAUGGCAGUGGCACUGUUGGAGGAGUGGUGUCAGAUCAUGAGUGUGGAUGACCGGAAGUCACUGAUGGUGAUUGGCAUACCCGCGGACUGUGGUGAGCCUGAGAUCCAGGAGGUCCUUCAGGAGGCGCUGAAGUGUGUGGGCAACUACCAACUGCUAGGCAAGAUAUUCCAGAAGCAAGACAACACCAAUGCUGUUUUACUAGAACUCCUGGAGGACACAGAUAUGUCUGUGGUCCCCAGUGAGGUUCAGGGAAAAGGGGGUGUCUGGAAAGUGAUCUUUAAGACCGCUAACCAGGACACUGAGUUUCUCCAAAGACUGAACCUCUUUCUAGAAAAAGAAGGGCAGACAGUUGCAGGGAUGUUCCGAGCUCUUAAGCAGGAGGGAAUGGCCCCAGCUACCACGACCUGCACAUCCUCUGAGUUACUGGCCCACUUGGUGGGGCAGGCAAUGGCUCAAACCCCCAGGUCUCUGCUGCCUGUGAGGUACUGUAAGUUGCGAGUGUUCUCUGGGAGCACAGUACCUGCCCCAGAGGAGGAGUCCUUUGAGGUCUGGUUCGAACAGGCCACUGAGAUAGCCAAAGAGUGGCCCAUCCCUGAGGCAGAAAAGAAAAAGUGGAUGAUGGAGAGCCUCCGUGGCCCUGCCCUGGACCUCAUGCACAUCGUCCAGUCGGACAACCCUUCUGCCAGUGUGGAAGAGUGUCUGGAGGCCUUUAAGCAGGUGUUUGGGAGCCUGGAGAGCCGUAGGUCCUCGCAGGUAAGAUACCUAAAGACCUAUCAGCAAGACGGGGAGAAAAUCUCAGCCUACGUGCUCCGGCUGGAAACUCUGCUUCGAAGAGCUGUGGAAAAACGGGCUAUUCCCCGAAACAUUGCUGACCAGGUACGCCUGGAGCAGGUCAUGGCUGGGGCCAACCUUAACAAUGUUCUAUGGUGCCGGCUCCGGGAGCUGAAGGAUCAGGGCCCACUACCCACCUUUUUGGAGCUGAUGAAGGUGAUACGGGAGGAAGAAGAAGAAGAGGCCUACUUUGAACAUGAGAGCAGGGAGGAGUCAGGGGAAAGAGAGGGUUAUAGCCGCUGGGACAAUGCAAGGAGCAACUGAGAGAUACCCCCACUCCUUUCACAUCUUGGUGGGCAUAGGGAUAGUGCCUGACAAGGCUGAUCUUGUUACUGAGGGUUUUUCCUCUAAUACACAGGAUUGAAGACAAGCGUUAGACCAAGUCUUUCCCUUUUUUUUCUUUUGUUUUGACAGGGUCUCACCUUAUAACCCAGGCUGGCCUUGAGUUUUUCUCUUCCUGCAUUAGGCCUCCCAAUUUGAGUUCUGGAACUAGAGGAAUGUACCACCACUAGUGUCCCAUCUCAAUUUUUCUUUCUGAGGAAAAAAAAUGCCUGGGCUCUAAGUAGAUUGGUUUGGUGGACUCUAAAGUAGAUUGUUAGGAAAUACAAGACCAAGUUCCUAAAAUACCUAAAACUCCUGUAUGUUAGUUUCCUUUAAGCACACCAAGGGUCAGCCAGACAGCUGGGUUGGUAAUGUUGCUUGCUAACCUCUUCAGAGGGGGUAAUGAUGUGAACAGCAGGAAAUAGAAGUUGGCUAGGAAGGAGCUGGAGAGAUGGCUCAGUGGUUAAGUGCACUGCUACUCUUCC